AUGGAGAAAGAUGAAAGCAAAAUCCUAGUAUUUGGAGGGACGGGUUACAUAGGAAAUCACAUAGUGAAAGCAAGCAUCAAAUUAGGACACACAACUUAUGUCUUCUCAAGGCCUAAUACGAAUAAGACAGAGACCAUCGACGAGCUUCAAUCCAUGGGAGCCAUUAUAGUCAAAGUAGAAAUAGGCGAUCAUGAAAAGCUCGUCUCGGUGCUUAGGGAAGUUGAUGUUGUGAUCUCUGUGUUGCCGUAUCCUCAAGUUUUCGAGCAGCUCAAAAUCUUGGAGGCCAUCAAGGUUGCUGGUAACGUUAAGAGAUUUGUGCCGUCAGAUUUUGGUGUGGAAGAGGACAGGGUGGCUGCAUUGCCGCCCUUCCAAACGGUGCUCGAGAAGAAGAAGAAAAUCCGAAGAGCCAUUGAAGCUGCAAAUAUACCUUAUACUUUUGUGGCUGCAAAUUGCUGUGGUGCUUACUUUGUAAACUAUUUACUACGCCCUUCUGAGCAAAAGGAAGAAAUCACUGUUUAUGGCAGUGGGGAAGUUAAGGCUGUCUUGAACUAUGAGGAAGAUGUUGGCACUUUAACGAUAAAAGUGGCGACCGAUCCAAGAACGUGCAAUUGUGUCGUCAUUUACCGGCCCAUGGCCAAUAUCAUAUCACAGCUUGAGCUGAUUGCUUUGUGGGAGAAGAAAACCGGGCGAAUUUUCAAGCGAGUUCAUGUCUCGGAGGAUGAAAUGGUGUCCCUUUCCCAAACUCUACCAGACCCUAAAAACAUACCAAUCUGUGUCUUUCACAGCAUCUUUGUGAAGGGAGCAACCACAAAUUUCGAGCUUGGGGAGAACGAAAUCGAGGCCUCGGCUUUGUAUCCGCACUUGAAACUUACCACGAUUGACAAGCUUCUCGACAUUUUCCUAUCCAAUCCACCAAAGCCGGCUUACACGCCAUUCAAAUGA